AAUUUCAGUGUUAUUUUUCAAAUGUACCAAAUCCUAAAUUGAAGAAGCUUUCUCUUGUCAAGCUUUUAUCUGUUACCCACUUAACAUUGUUUUGUUUAUGUGGGCUCACUACAUUUAAAAUGUUUUAUUAAAGAUCUUACAAUUCUUUUCUGCUAGGAAAUGUUCCUGAAUGUACAAUUGGACAACUAGAUUUGCUUUAACAUGCAAUGAGAAGAGUUUUUCAAGUUACCCUUUCUUAACUCUUGAUUUCUAUGUUGAAAAAUCCAGUUAAAUAAUAUAUAUCAUUUUACAGAGAAACUGUCUCCCUAUGAUUAUCAAAAGAUUCCGUUGACUGGAUCGGUCAUGCGGAAUUCUCGCUUGCGUAUCUUCCUUUAUGUGUUGUUAGGAGCAGCUUUAUGUUGUGUCGUAUAUUUAUUGAAAACAACUCAUUCCCGGUUUAAAGAAAUAGAAAAUUCUCGUGAAAAAUGCUUACAGCAAAGAGAUUCGUUAUCUGCACAGUUGCAAGUUGUUUAUGAGCAUAAAAACAGACUUGAAAAGUCUCUACAACAAGAAAAAAUUGACCAUAAACACACCAAAGAAGAACAAGAUAGACAGAAAAAUGAACUUCAUGUACGAAUGGAAAGAGAAAAACAUACAUUAGAAUCUAGAUAUAGUAACUUAUUACAAGAACAUGAAGCUUCACAGAAUAAACAGCAACAAUUACACAGUGAAAUUGCUGAUUUAAAAAAUAACUAUGCUCUACUAGAAGAAGAGAAGAAGCAGUUAGUUGGAGCAAUGUCAGCACAGUUAGAAUCAUUAAAGCAGCAAAAAGAGGAAGAAAUUAAUAAAAUAAAAGCUCAUAUUAAUCAGUUAAUUUUAGAAAAAGAAGAUUUGCAGAAAAAUGUUGAAAAUCAAAUGUGGAGAGUAAAGCAGCAUACUGAUGAAUUGCAGUUAUGUCGUUUGCAAUAUGAGCAGUUAGAAAAUAAGUUAAAAGAACUGACGACUCAGUUGCAGAGGCGGUCCUUUAUUGGAGAGAAUCAUAAUCCUGGUUUUAUCCAUCUUCAUCAAAAUAAUAAUAAAUUAAAAGAUAAUCAGUACAAUGAUCUUCAGUCUCAUCAAGCAUUAGAACAAAUAAAAAAUCAUAAAAAUGUAGAUAAAUCUAAAAAUCAACAGGUUAGUAUUAUUUUAUAAUAGAAAGUAUUUAUA